UCCACCUCCUGCUGCUUCUGCUGCUGCUUCUGCUGCUUCCACGAAGUUUCCUAAUUUUUUUUAAUUCAAUCUUGGAUUCCAAUCGCGAGAGAGAUCCAGAGCGAAGUGUAUAUCGUGGAUGUCCCAUGAUCAUCUGUGGAUUGACAAAGGCAUUGCUUGCAUCUCGGUCAAAAUCCGUCCCACAAGGACAGUGGCGGACCAACAAUUAUCCCCUUUUCAUCUCUUCUCCUCUUUCUUCUUCUUUGUCUCUCUUUUUUUCUCGGAACCUCCUCCCGUUUCCGCAGCGAAAGCGUGGACACAUACUUAAGCCAAGCCCCUCUUUUUCUCUGAUUUUUUUUUUCUCCCUUUUCUUCCAAUUGCUCGAAGAUCAACCAAUUUCUGGAAGAUCAACCAAUAUCUUUCCCUUUCAUUGUGACGCUGUUUCUGCAGAUCAAAAAUCAGGGGGAAAAAAGAUAUCUUUUGGAUGCUGUACUUUCUGCGCAUCUGAAGGGCUUCUCGAUGGGACCAGAGGAUGAGAACUCUGAUGAUUUUGAAGUGGAAAUGGCAACCCUAGUUAGAUCAUCACCAGUUUUAAUGAAGACACAUAAUAUGGGGACUUGUCACAUUGGAUCAUUUGUAGAUUUUUCUCAGCCAUUGUCGGUUAGCAGAGUAGUUCAGAGGGUAUUUAAGAGUAUCAGUGUUGUUAUAUUCCAGGCUAAGAUCAAUUUGUUAUUACCUUUUGGACCUUUGGCAAUCAUAUUGCACUAUCUCACCAAAAAGCAUUUGCAGGGCUUGGUUUUCUUCUUCAGCUUGUUAGGCAUAAUACCUCUAGCUGAGCGACUAGGCUAUGCAACAGAACAGCUUGCCUUCUACACUGGCCCCACAGUUGGGGGCCUUCUAAACGCUACAUUUGGGAAUGCGACAGAGAUGAUAAUAUCACUUUACGCAUUAGGAAAUGGUAUGAUACGUGUUGUCCAGCAAUCAUUGCUGGGUUCUAUUUUGUCGAAUAUGCUCUUGGUUCUGGGCUGUGCUUUCUUCUCUGGUGGGAUUGUUCACUACAAUAAAGUUCAAGUCUUCAACAAGGCGUCUGCUGUGGUAAAUUCAGGAUUGUUGCUGAUGGCUGUCAUGGGUCUCAUGUUCCCUGCUGUCCUUCACUUCACACAUUCAGAGGUGCAAUAUGGAAAGUCCGAGGUGGCCCUUUCACGCUUCAGCAGCUGCAUCAUGCUAGUGGCUUAUGCUAGCUACCUAUUUUUUCAGCUGAGGAGUCAACACAAUUCUUAUAAUCCAAUCGAUGAAGAUGAGAGGAAUGCUGAAGAUGACUCAGAUGAGGAAGAGAUGCCAGAGAUAACUCAAUGGGAGGCUAUUGCAUGGCUUGCUGUUUUAACAACCUGGGUUUCCAUUCUCUCUGGAUACCUUGUUGAUGCCAUACAGGGAGCUUCAGAAUCAUUGAACCUGCCAGUGGCUUUUAUCAGUGUUGUUUUGCUUCCUAUUGUUGGAAAUGCUGCUGAACAUGCCAGUGCAAUUAUGUUUGCAAUGAAGAACAAACUUGACAUCACUUUGGGGGUUGCUAUUGGAUCAUCUACACAGAUAUCCAUGUUUGUGAUCCCUUUCUGUGUUGUUGUUGGAUGGAUUAUGGGAAAAGAUAUGGAUCUGAACUUUCAAUUAUUCGAGACAGCCACUCUCUUUAUAACAGUCUUGGUUGUGGCCUUCAUGCUACAGGAAGGGACGGCAAACUAUUUUAAAGGAUUAAUGCUUAUUCUUUGCUAUCUUAUAGUUGCUGCUAGUUUCUUUGUACAUGUUGAUCCAGCAACCAGUGAUGAUUAGACUGAAAAUUCGCUUCAGCAAGUACUUGAUCUCAGUAGUACUAGCAAGCAUUUUGAUUUGCCACACUGAUAAGAACCAGGGGCUUGAUAUGAGUAUGAGAUUUACAUGUCUUCCUGUUCUCUGAAGGUGCAGAAGCGGGCAUCCGACCUGGUAGUAUCCCAUGAUUUUAUGGGAGACAGUUUCGGCUGUGAUGAGUGUACUAUUGAAAAUUGUACUAUACUACCAAAUGAAAGCAAGCACACAAUUCAAGGGAUACAAAAAUUUGCUAAGAAAUGCUAUGGUGUUAUGCAUUUUUUUAUUGUUUUUCUGUGCUUGUUUUCGCUUGUCUGCUGUAGUUUAAACUUGCCAAUAGCAAUCAGAUUUGUGUUUAUCUAA